AUGUGCGCGCAGCUAACCGCUACCAACACCAGGUUUACAUGGCAUGAUGAUUAUACACAGCAUAUUAUAGCCCGUGAGCUUUCUGGUCUCCCUAAGACCCAUGACUGGCAUCUGGAAACAUCCUCAUCUGAAGACCCUGAAUUGCAUAGGAUUUCAAAACAGGAACCUGACGGGAAUUUGGAAAAAGAUGUGUCCCCUCAACAAUACCUUUCCUACCUGGAUAUUCUUUCUCAGUCUGGAGCUCCAAAUUUAUAUUCAACAAUAAAUGCCAACAAAUCCCCUUUUAAGGUUGGCAGCAUUCCACCAAGGUCCAUGAUCAACUAUAUAAUGCAGAAUUCUAGAGGGAAAACACCUGCUAUGACCUAUUCAGUACCUGUCCAUUCAAAGUAUAUUGAAAACAUUCCUGCAAGGAUCCUCAACAAAUCACAGAUGGACACAUUUCAACUAAAACCUGAAGAACAAUUAGGCAGGAAAGAUCUGUUGAUGAAACUUAAUGCAUAUAUCACUCAGAAAUUAUCAGGCAAAAACCUUGAUGGGCAUUCAUCUGUUAGCAGGACUAAAGAAACUUUUCCUUAUGACAACAGCGUUAAACCUCUUCACAUUGACCAAUUUGAUGGAAUAAUAUCCAAAGAAAAGCUAGGAGGUUUUGAGAUGAAACCACAGUUUUUACAGAGGCCAGUAUCAGGAUCGGUGUCUGGAUCUGCACGGAAUGAUUUGAAGCUUUCUCUAAAUCCAAUAGAUGAAAUAUUUAUUCAAGAUGUUCUGAGAGACCUGAGGAAACAUCAUGUGGAUGUAGAUAAGUUGAGCCCACUGGAGCUGGACAAGAUGGCUGAUAUCAUUGCUGAAGCUGUUCAAAUCUUUGAUACAAAUGGAGAAAAGAACAAUGCUGCUGGGAAGGUUGAAGGAGAGAGAAUUGCAACAGGAGUGGGUGCAGAAGGAGAAAACAAUUAUGAAAUGGGAGAGAAUGAAGGUUUUCACGUGCAAGAUAAGGGGCCAUGGAACAUUGAUGCUGAGGUUAAAAAAGAGGAGAACCAUCUAGAUUCAAAGGUACCAGAUUUCCUGAAUAAAAAUAUGGUUCCUGAAAAUCUGUCAAAGUCAUAUUUGUCCGAAGAAUCCUUUAAAACAGAAAUGAAAAAAUCAGAUGAUUUAGACCUUUCAUCUUCAUCUGAAGAAGUCAAGGUUGGGAUUGAAAAUGUGAAGAGCGAAACCUUCUCAAGAGAACUGAACGCUCACAAAAAAGCAGAGUUUGAACCCAGCUCCAAGGAGCUAAGUGAGCUUCAUCACUGGAUUAAGAAUAUGUGGCUUCAAGAUGAAAGUGUUUAUGAAGCAACUCAAGAAAAGAUCGGAGAAGGCCUCAAGUUAGAUGCAAAGUCUUCCAGAGAGGAAGAAUAUGGCUACAUCAUGACAGAGAAAGACCCUCUGAGUGAAGAAAAAGGUUUGGACUUAAUAAAGGAAGUUGCUGGUCUUCUGAAGCUCCAGAUGACAGCAUUUGCUGAUAUCAACAUGUUGGGGCCAGCUGUGACCUUCAAAGUGCACCCAAAUGCUCUUGGUAUUACUACUGCUGAUGUUGUCAGAAAAGCAGCUGACAACAAAAAUAUGCUUGAAAAAGAUACAGGAUUGAAAAUAUUGAAGAUUGGCAUGGAGAAGAAAAACAAGCUGGAACUUUUGCCUCUCCAUGCUCAAGAAGAGAAAGAUACCACCAAAUUUAUCAUACUGACACUCCUCUCCAUUGCUUGCAUUUUGGGAGUCCUUAUGACUUCGGGAGUGAUCUACUGCCUGCGCCAUGGCUCUCAUCACAAACUAAAGGAGAAGUUGACAAGCCUAGGCUCUGAUCCCAGCUCGGAUGCUACUACCACUUAUCAGGAAUUAUGCCGUCAGCGUAUGGCGGUGAAAACAUCAGAUUGUUCAGAACCUCUACAUGCUUCUCGUAUUAAUAGCAUAUCUUCACAGUUUAGUGAUGGACUUAUUCCAAGUCCUUCUACUCGAAGCAGCACUUCAUCCUGGUGCGAAGAACCAGUCCAGUCUAAUAUGGAUAUCUCGACUGGUCACAUAAUAUUGGCCUACAUGGAGGACCAUUUGAAAAACAAGAAUCGUCUAGAAAAAGAAUGGGAAGCACUUUGUGCAUAUCAAGCUGAGCCUAAUGCAACUACCAAUGCCCAUAAGGAAGAAAAUAUCCAGAAAAACCGCUCUCAAGUUAUAGUAGCAUAUGAUCAUUGCAGGAUAUGUUUGAAAGCUGAAAAUAGUCAUGACAAUUCAGACUACAUCAACGCAAGUCCAAUUAUGGACCAUGAUCCUAGAAACCCUGCAUAUAUAGCUGCUCAGGGUGCAUUGCCUUCUACUGUCACAGACUUCUGGCAGAUGGUCUGGGAGAAUGGUUGUGUGGUUAUUGUAAUGCUGACCCCUCUCACUGAAAAUGGACUCAAACAGUGCUACCACUAUUGGCCAGAUGAAGGGUCAAAUCUCUACCAUAUCUAUGAGGUAAAUCUGGUCUCUGAACACAUCUGGUGUGAAGAUUUCCUUGUAAGAAGUUUUUACUUGAAAAAUCUUCAAAGCAAUGAGACUAGGACAGUAACCCAGUUCCAUUACCUUACCUGGCAUGAUCAACAAGUUCCUGCAUCUACAAGAUCUCUUCUGGAUUUUCGCAGAAAAAUAAACAAGUGCUACAGGGGCCGUUCUUGUCCAAUAGUUGUACAUUGCAGUGAUGGUGCAGGAAGAACUGGAACCUACAUCCUAAUUGAUAUGGUUCUCAAUAAAAUGGCCAAAGGUGCUAAAGAAAUCGAUAUUGCUGCUACUCUGGAGCAUUUGAGAGAUCAAAGACCUGGAAUGGUUCAGACAAAGGAACAGUUUGAGUUUGCCCUGACAGCAGUUGCAGAAGAAGUGAACGCAAUACUCAAGGCACUUCCACAGUGA